UGAAUGGCAGCGAAGAGGCGUUGAAAUUAUUGGACAAAAAAUUGAAGCAGUCUAGUCUAUCCUAUCCGAAGGCCUAUCACCAAAAUAAAAGGCGGCGAAGCGACUAGAACAACUUUUCUCCAUAAAAUUUCUAAAAAAAGAAGCUUAAAGCUUCGGCUCCAAUUCUGGAGCCACACGAUUUUCAAGGAAUUUGUUCUUGUUUUCAUACUUAGCUGGUUUCUUGUCCAGCCGCCUAAGUCUGGCUC